AUGGGAUUUCUCAAAUUUUACUUACUACCAUUAUUAAUAUGUACAGUUCGCGCUGUGGCUCUCAUACCAGAAUUAAUUGAUUUAUUUGUUGGUCAGCCGUUUUAUUAUGCAUUUCAAACCAGUUCAAAUGUAGUUAGUGUUCAGGACGCAUCUGGAGAAGAACUGCCAACGUGGCUGAUUUGGAGGAAGAAUGAGCAAGUUUUAGAAGGUGUACCUCAACCUGUUCAUAUCGGAAAAACAUUUUUGCGCAUUACGAGUGAUGAAAUCAGUGAUGUAGUGGAAAUCUCAGUCAGUGAAGAAAUAAAAAAUCCAUGUAAUGAAAGAAACACAUUGUGGAUAGAAAUUGUAUUUAAUACAUCACUGAAUAGUUUGAGUAUUGCCGAUCAGUUACAUCUUGUUGAUAUUCUAUCAAACUUUUUUUCUGUCAACAGUUCCUUAUUGCGUGUUUACUCAAAUAAAUACAAAGAAGAAAUAAGAACCACCGAAAUUGUGAAGUCUGGCAUGCAUUAUAAACCUGUAGAUGAUUCAACAGUAAUUAUCUGGAAAGUUUCGUGUGAGGAAGUGGAUGAAGAUGCUAUAAAUAUACUGGAAAAAGUUCUAACUUUUGACGGAAGUAAAGCGGUAACGGAAUCACAGCAAAAAUUUAUGGGGUGGGAAAUAAUUCCAUACUUACAGCUGACGAAAGGAAUUUUAUUACCACGGAAGCAGCGGAAUCAUAUAGCUGGAGCAGAUAUAAUGUCCUAUAUAUCUGAAUUUGCUACAAAUGAACCAUUUGUUCUCCUAGACUCUACAUCGAUCAUGACCACUACACGUUCUUCACGCUCCACAAAGAAGAUUGACAAACCUCCAGUACGACUGCAUUCACUUCAAACAUUUAUUUGCAAAAGAGGUAUGAUGUGUGAAUACAUUGUUCCAGUGGGAACAUUCAUAGAUGCAGAAGAUGGAAACACACGUUCUCUUUCUUUGUCUGUGUUUCCCAUUGCUGCUGAUAACAACUGGCUUACUUUGAGCAAGAAAAAUAAACAAGUUUUACAUGGUAUCUCAUUGCGUACAGGAGACUAUGAAUUCCGAUUGGAAGCUCGAGAUUCAGCUAAUCAGUUGUGUGCUAAUGGUUUUUCAUUUUGGCAGAUGACAUCUGCACCAUUUCGAGUGACCGUUAUUCCUGAACCAUCGACGAAUCAUUUUUUUAUUUUGGAUGUUGAUCACAGUUCUGAACGGUUAACGAAGGAUCCGGAUGUUAUAUGUGCAUUUGCGGAGAAAUUGGCUAAUUCUUUAGGAGAUCGUUAUCCAAAAAACCUAAUUUUCAGAAAAAUUGAGCCAGUUGAUGGCGUAAGGCGUCGGACUCGAGUUACAUUCUCAAAUGCUUCACUUCCCUACAAAUAUUGUCAAAAAAAAGCGAUCGAUGCGAUUAAACAUAUUAUGCUCACAAGAAAACGGGAUCGUAUUCGAGCUGAAUUCGUUCGAGCGAUGGAUAGCCGGUUCCCUGUGCGAAGUGUGAAAUUAGAGCUUGAAGGACCUUGCGUUGAGCAUUACUCAACUUCGUACCUUGCAGGGAUUGAUAUUCCAUCAUCAACUACAUCUCUUCCUCCAGAUUACAACGAUUCACCUGCUUAUUUGUGGUUGCCUGUCGCUUUGAUUGCUUUUCUUAUAUUUUUCUCUGCAACGUUAGUACUGUUUUGCUGCCUGGUAAGACGGAAGAAAAAGAAAACAGUGCAAUCGGAGUACAUGUCAAAGGGUUUGCCGGUAGUUUUCCCAGAAGAAAUCCCUUACGAAGAUGAAACUGCAGCAGUGUCAACACCAAUGUUAGUUAAAGAGGAACGCCCACCAUUAAUUAUCUCGCAGCAUGAAAAUCCUCUAUAUAAACCUCCUCCUCCGCUUUCUGCUGCUUCCAGUCCACGACCUCGAAAUGCAUACACAAAUCAAAGACAGCCUCCACCCUACAUUCCACCGUAA